ACUUCGACGAGCUGUGUAACGUCCUCUAUACCUUGGGAAACUAGCUGGCCUCACUCACCUCGAAAGAUCGAUCUCUGCCCUCGGAUCAAGGUUGCCUUUUGUCUUUUGCCUUUCAUCUCAGCAACCCACCCAUCAUUCGCCUCAACCAGCACCAACGUGUAACCUGCCCCACAAUGCCCUCACCCGCCAAAUCCGGACGGACCCUCAUCCUAGGCCAUCGAGGAGCGUCGGCUCAUCUCCCCGAGAACACGUUGGCGAGCUACGAGGCCGCCAUCAAGGAAGGAGCGGAUGGGAUCGAGUCGGAUAUCCACAAAUCUCGGGACAACCGCCUGUUGAUGUUCCAUGACCCGACCCUGGAUCGGACGACCAACGGGACAGGCCGGAUCAGGGAUCAAGACUGGGCUGGGGGGAUGGAACAUGUGCGGACCAAGGCGGAACCGGUUCAGCCGAUCCCACUGUUUGAAGAGCUCAUAGAGCUGCUCAUGAGGCCAGAGAACCGGCACCUGGUUCUCAACAUCGACGUCAAGAUCUUUUCCGUCCCGGACGAGAUCUUUCCCCUCAUGCACGACGUCAUCAGCUCAUACCCCUCUUACGAGACCGAACUCAGUCCACGUCUCAUCCUCGGUCUCUGGCACCCGCUCUUCAUCGCCCCUGCCAACCGGUACCUCCCCUCGCUCACCAAGUUUCACAUCGGUCUCUCCACCCACCUCGCUAGGAAAUACUUUUGGGACCUCGACGGAUUCAGUAUCGCCAUGCCCAUGCUGACGAGUCAGGACGGGCAAAAGUUCUUGAGGGACUGCAAGGCUGCGGGCAAGGGGAUCAUGACCUGGACGGUGAACGAUGGACAGGACAUGAGGGUGGCGAGGACUUGGGGGAUCGAGUGGUUGAUCACCGAUCGGGUCGGGUUUGCGGUCGAGGCUAGGAAGCAGUGGGAAGAAGAUCCCUCUGUCCUCCAGAUGGGUAUGCUUGAACAACUGCGCUGGAGCUGGUCGAACUGGAAGCACUAUAGCAUACCCCAGGCAAUGUUCCUCCGCUGGUUCGAAGACAACCUCACCAAGAAUGCGUUCAAAGCGGGUCCGCUCGAAGCCUCUUUGAUCAAGCCAAAGGAGAGAGAAGAGACGGAGGCGAUGAUGGUGGAUCUGGAUCGGGCGGGAGAGGCGAUGGCGAGGUCGUGAGCGUCAGGGGUAAAGUGCGAAGACUGUCGGCGGAAGACCCGCUUCGGUCGGCAGUUUGGACGAUUAUUUUAGAUGCGAGAUGGCUCUGCGUCAGCCUG